AUGAAUGUACAUACGAUGCACCCUGCGCUAGUUGUGCUAGUCCUAAUCACACUUAUCUACGCGCAAAAGGAGGAGAAUUGGGGCCCCCCACCAGGACCUCCACCAGAGGGUUUUCCUCCGGGUUCCCCACCUGAGGGCUUUGAUGGUCCUCCUCCCCCUCCUCCACCCGACGGCUUUGGUGGUCCUCCUCCCCCUCCUCCACCUGGCGGCUUUGGCCAUGGUCGUCCUCCUCCACCACCGAGGGUAAGACAAAUCUAUAUGCAUACACAAACUUUUUGCAGUGAGGAAAAAGCUUUGUAA